GGAACGCUUACGACGAUGAAAGAGCAAAUUGCUAAGGAAGAAGAGGCGUUGAAGAUAUCGCAAAAACGAGUUGAAGAGUUUAACGAAAUGAUAGCUGCGAUUGAAGAGCGACGAAAGAUUGCUGAGGAGGGACACAAAGCAGCCGUCGCUGCUCUCAAGAAAUUCGAAAAGGAGUUGAAGGAGUAUGAUAAAGAUAUUAAAAUGCACCAGAAUAAAGUUGAUGCUACGGAUAAGAAACUUGUCUCACUGAAGUCAAAGAAGGAAGCUAUGGAAAUGGAUAUUCAAAAGUAUAAAGACGAAGCUGUUGCCUAUAAGAAGCUGGCCCAUCAAAAGAUGAAAUCUCAUCCAUGGAUAAACGACGAGAAAUCACAUUUUGGCAAGAAAAACACCGAAUAUGAUUUUACAGGGCUUUGGCUUGGUGGUUUGCUCUUGGAACUUGUGUUUUAUUGA